CAUGCCUCGUGCUUCGGCCCUAGAGCUGUCAAUCAAGUUCAACAUGAACGACUUUCUUAAUGCACCAAAGCAGCCGAAGGAACGAGAGUAACAUAAGGGAAACAUUUCAAGGUUGGCUGCGCGUGCAGCCAGGGGCGGACGUGACAAGAUGCCUACUCCAUCGUUCACCCUCGACGCUCAGCUGAGAUUUCAUGACAAAUGGCUGAAGAUCGACCUCCAGAGGGCCUUCUCUCCAGAGGGCCUGAGCGAGAUGUGGAAUGAGAUGGUGAAAGAUGAGGAGAUCACCUUCACAGGAGAGGAGUCUGCACACACCGAAGACUGCACAGACUGCUUUGGGGCACAGAAGAAGGAUGACUCCAACGAUAAAGAGAAGAAAGAGGAGGAGGAGGCAUCGACAACCGUGCAUCACUCCAUCAUUGAAACGUGGGACUGGGGUAGACAGCCGGACGAGAAGGAGCUGAAGGACUGUCUGAUGGUGCUGGUGGACGACCAGCAGAAGCUGUCGGUGCAGAUGGCCAAGAGCACGCUGUCGGCCCAGCGUCUUCGGCAGCGGCUUGUCAUCCUGGAGCGCUACCUCAUCUCCCUCAGCCACAGCAUGAUGGAGGAGAAGUACAAGGCCCGCUGGAAGACCCCGCCCACGCCCCCUCCGCCCACAACAGACAACAAGACCCCUCGUCCCCCGGCCAGCAAAGGUGUGGAGGGCCUGGCCAGAGUGGGUUCCAGAGCAGCCCUCUCCUUCGCCUUCGCUUUCCUCCGCAGAGCCUGGAGAUCAGGGGACGAUGCAGACCUGUGCAGCGAGCUGCUCCAGGAGUCUCUGGACGCGCUGCGGGCCCUGCCCGAGGCCACACUGUUCGACGAGGGCACCGUCUCCUCCGUGUGGCUGGAGGUGGUCGAACGGGCCGCCAAGUUCCUCAGUGAUGUCCAUGGAAGUGCCAGUGCCAAAGGCAACAUUCCCCUGCAGGACCAGCACCUUGCUCUGGCUAUACUCCUGGAGCUGGCUGUGCAGAGGGGGACCCUGAGCCAGCUGCUGUCGGCGGUGCUGCUGCUGCUGCGUCUGUGGGGCAACGGCACGCGGGAGAUGGACAACGAGCGCUCCACGCAGGGCACCAGCGCCCCACUGCUGCCCCUCCUCCAGCGCUUCCAGAGCAUUCACAACAACAAGGAGGAGCCCAUACCCGACGACCAGCCAGAGAUCCUGACGGCGCCGCUGAGCCCCAACGAGUGCUUCCUGCGCUACCUGACGCUGCCCCAGGACAACGAGCUGGCCAUCGACCUACGGCAGACCGCCGUGGUCAUCAUGGCCCACCUGGACCGCCUGGCCGCGCCCUGCAGCCCCCCCCACUGCAGCUCACCCACCUCGCACAAGGGAACCCUGCAGGAGGUGAUCGCCUGGGGCCUGCUGGGCUGGAAGCUGUACGCCAACGUGAACGGACCCAUCCAGUGCAAGGCGCUGUCCAGUGUGGGCGUGGCCCAGGUCGUGUGCUCGGAGAAGGGCUUCCUCAUCCUGUCCAGCAGCGGCGCCGUCUACACCCAGAACUACAAGAGCACCACUCUGGCCCCAAUGCUGGUGCACACGCUGAGCUCCAGGAAGAUGAUGAAGCUGGCUGCCCAUCCAGACGGCCAGCACUACCUGGCCCUGUCGUCCAACGGAGAGGUCUUCUCUUGGGGCUGUGGGGACGGAGGACGCCUGGGACAUGGAGACACCACGUACCUGGAGGAGCCGGCCAUGAUCGCGACGUUCAACGGGAAGCAGGCGGGGAAGCAGGUGGUGCAGAUCGCCUGCGGGAGCACCUACAGCGCCGCCGUCACGGCCGACGGCGAGCUCUUCACCUGGGGCCGCGGGAACUACGGCCGCCUGGGCCACGGCUCCAGUGAGGACCAGACCACCCCCAUGCUGGUGACGGCUCUGAAGGGGCUGAAGGUUCUGGACGUGGCGUGUGGAAGUGGCGAUGCCCAAACGCUGGCGGUGACGGAGAACGGCCAGGUGUGGUCAUGGGGGGACGGGGACUACGGUAAGCUGGGUCGCGGAGGCAGCGAUGGCUGCAAGACCCCUAAGCUGGUGGAGAAGCUGCAGGACCUGGACAUCGAGAAGGUGUGCUGCGGCAGCCAGUUCUCCGUGGCGCUCACCAAGGAGGGCCAGGUGUACACCUGGGGGAAGGGAGACAACCAGCGCCUGGGCCACGGCACAGACGAACACGUCCGCUACCCCAAGCUACUGGACAGUUUACAUGGGAAGAAGGUGGUGGACGUGGCGGUGGGCUCCACGCACUGCCUGGCCCUGACGGACGACGGGGAGGUCCACAGCUGGGGGAGCAACGACAAGAUGCAGCACUUUGACACCCUGUUCUCCAACAAGAAGCAGCCCAAGGCUCUGCCCGGCCUCAACUCCAAGCACAUCGUCGGCAUCUCCUGUGGACCCGGACAGAGCUUCGCGUGGUCGUCGUGCUCCGAGUGGUCGGUGGGCCAGCGCGUGCCCUUCGUGGUGGACGUGUGCCCCAUGACCUUUGAGCAGCUGGACCUGCUCCUGCGGCAGGUCAGCGAGGGCAUGGACGGCAGCUCCGAUUGGCCGCCGCCCCAGGAGAAGGAGUGCAUGGUGGUGGCCGCCCUCAACCUCCUGCGCCUACAGCUCCACGCGGCCAUCAGUAACCAGGUGGACCCCGAGGAGCUGGGCCUGGGGCUGGGCAGCGGGCUGCUGAACAACCUCAAGCAGACGGUGGUGAUGCUGGCCAGCAACGCGGGGGUGCUGAACACGGUGCAGGCCGCCGCCCAGGCCGUCCUCCAGAGCGGCUGGUCCGUCCUGCUCCCCACCGCCGAGGAGAGGGCUCGGGCGCUGUCCUCCCUGCUGCCCAAUGCUGCGUCUGGGAACGAGGCGAGCGUGAGCCCCGGCCGGCGCUUCAUGAUCGACCUGCUGGUCAGCAGCCUGAUGGCUGACGGGGGUCUGGAGUCUGCCCUGAACGCCGCCAUCACCGCGGAGAUACAGGACAUCGAGGCCAAGAAGGAGGCCCAGAAGGAGAAGGAGAUCGACGAGCAGGAGGCCAACGCCUCCUCCAUGCAGCGCUGUCGCGCCCUGCUGGACAAAGACCUCAUCAACACGGGCAUCUACGAGUCGGCCGGCAAGCAGAGUCUGCCGCUCGUGCAGCUGGUCCAGCAGCUCCUCAGGAACAUGGCGUCCCAGACCAUCUCCAGGCUGAAGGACGUGGCCCGCCGUAUCUCCACCUGCCAGGAGGCGGAGCAGGUGAGCAAGGAGCGCUCGGCCUCGCUGGACCUGCUGCUGCGCUUCCAGAGGCUGCUGGUCAGCAAGCUGUACCUGGGGGUGAACGGCACCGAGACCCUCAACGGAUACAACCCGGAACUGCUGGGCGUGGGCUCCCUGCUGAAGAAGUACAUCUCCCUGCUGUGCACUCACAUGGGCGACAUCCUGCCCGUCGCCACCAGCAUCGCCUCCACCGGACACAGACACUUUGCUGAGGUGUCCCGGGUCAUCGAAGGAGAUCUGACCGGGGUCCUGCUCCCUGAGCUGGUGGUCUCCGUGGUGCUCCUCCUCACCAUGGACGCGGGGCUGCUGCAGGAGACAGGCUCCAUCCCCCUGCUGGCGGGGUUGUUGGAGCCCCUGGACCGCUACAACCAUCUGGCCCCCGGGCACGAAAGGGACGACCACGAGGACCUGGCCUGGCCCGGCAUCAUGGGCUCGUUCUUUACAGGUCAGAGCUCCAAGAACAACGAGGAGGUGUCCCUCAUCCGCAAGGCCGACCUGGAGAACCACAACAAAGACGGCGGCUUCUGGACGGUCAUCGACGGCAAAGUGUACGACAUCAAGGACUUCCAGGCACAGUCUCAGUCGCUGGCCGGGAACAGCAUUCUGGCCCAGUUUGCCACGGAGGAUCCUGUGGUUGCAUUGGACGCGGCGCUGCAGUUUGAGGACACUAGGGAGUCCAUGCAGGCCUUCUGCGUGGGCCAGUACAUGGAGCCCAACCAGGAGACGGUGACCACGCCGGACCUCAGCAGCCUGUCGUCCCCCCUCAUCGACACGGAGAGGAACCUGGGCCUCCUGCUCGGCCUCCACGCCUCCUUCCUGGCCAUGAGCACCCCCCUCUCCACCAUAGAGAUAGAGUGUGCCAAGUGGCUGCAGUCGUCCAUCUUCUCGGGGGGUCUGCAGACCAGCCAGAUCCACUACAACUACAACGAGGAGAAGGACGAGGACCACUGCACCUCCCCCGGGACCCCCUCCCCCGACAAGGCCAAGCUGUACUCCCGCAAGCUGACCCUCAGCGACCACGCCCAGCCCUUCCUCCAGGCCAUCGCCGACAACAACACCCCCGACCACACCGUCAAGGACUUCUUGUGCCAAAUCGAGCGGUGCUGUAAGCAGUACCACCUGAUCACUCCCAUCACCUUCCCCCUCGAGCACCCCGUGGAGGAGGUGGGCCGGCUGCUGCUCUGCUGCCUGCUCAAGCACCAGGACCUCGGCCACGUUGCUCUCUCAUUGGUCCACCAGUGUGCCUUGGGCGUGGACCAGACCAAGCAGCGUUCCAUCCCUAAAUGUGUGAUCGACGUGUGCCGCAUGGUGUACCAGGCCAAGUGCUCCCUCAUCAAGACCCACCAGGAGCAGGGGCGCUCCUACAAGGAGGUGUGCGCGCCGGUGAUCGAGCGCCUCCGCUUCCUGUUCAACGAGCUGCGGCCUGCGGCGAGCAACGACCUGUCCAUCGUGUCCAAGCUGAAGCUGCUCAGCUCCCAGCCGCGCUGGAAGAAGAUCACCCAGAAGCUCAUUCGGGACCGCCGGAAAAAGAAAGUGCCUAAGAAGUCAGAGUCGCCAGACGUAGAGCAGCCAAAGAUAGAGAAUGAAGGGACCAAUGAGGAGGAACUUAACGUCACUGUUACUCCCGCCCCCGCUGACAGGAAGACGUCUACUAGCAAACCAAAGGACAAGUGGCAGCCCAUGCUGAGCUCCGUGUCUGGGGGCCAGAAGUACCGCUGGCUGAAGCACGGGCCGCCCCACGGCCUCUACUCCCAGUCCAGCCUCAUGGCCACGCUGGUGGAGUUUGCCCUCAAAGAGGAGCCCCUUGAUGUGGAGAAGAUGAGGAAGUGUCUGCUCAAACAGCUGGAGCGGGCGGAGGUCCGGCUGGAGGGCAUCGACACCAUGCUUAGGCUGGCUUCCAAGAGCUUCCUGCUGCCCUCGGUGCAGUACGCCAUGCUGUGUGGCUGGCAGCGCGUCAUCCCCGAGGGCACCAACAUCGGAGAGCCGCUGUCCGACUGCCUGAAGGACGUGGACCUGAUCCCGCCCUUCAACCGCAUGCUGCUGGAGGUGACCUUCGGGAAGCUGUACUCCUGGGCCAUCCACAACGUCCGCAACAUCCUGCUGGAGGCCGGGGCCCGCUUCAAGGAGCUGGGCGUCCAGCCGGUUCCCCUCCAGACCAUCACCAAUGAGAACCCGGCCGGGCCCAGCCUGGGCACGGUCCCCCAGGCCCGGUUCCUCCUGGCCAUGGUCCACAUGCUGACCCUGAAGCACGGGGCCAACAGCCUCAGCCUGCUGCUCAACUCUGGCACCCUGGCCCUGACCCAGAGCAUCCUCAGACUCAUUGGUCCCAGCACGGACAGCAACGAGGAGGACCUGAGUCUGUGUGCCCACGGGGGCUCAGCCACCGUGCUGGAGGAGUGCAGGAAGGAGGCCACGCCCGCUCCCCUGCCCGCCGCCGGACCAGAGCUGGGCGCCCUCAUGAAGAUCGGCACCCGGGUCAUGAGGGGCCUGGACUGGAAGUGGGGAGACCAGGACGGGCCGGCCCCCGGCCUGGGCCGGGUCAUCGGGGAGCUGGGGGAGGACGGCUGGAUCCGGGUGCAGUGGGACACCAGCAGCACCAACUCCUACCGCAUGGGCAAGGAGGGCAAGUACGACCUGAAGCUGGCCGAGCCGGCGCCCGCCUCCCAGCCCACCACGGAGGACUCGGACACGGAGGACGACACGGAGGGGGAGCCUAUGGAGCGGAGCAGCCACCCCACAGCCAUGAUGCUGACCAGCACGGUGAACCUCCUGAAGACCCUGUCCCUGUCGGCCGGGAUCUACGCCGACGUGCUGCAGACCGACGCCAUCCGCACCCUCUGUGGCCUGCUGCGCAUGCUGGUGGCCAGCGGGGCCAAUGACAAGUCAGGCCUCCACGCCCACCGCCUGGUGUCCCUGGAGCAGCACCGCAGCUGGAGCACCCUGGGCUUCAUCCGCAGCAUCGCCCUGCUGCCCCAGAUGUGCAGCACGCUCAGCACCUCGGCCUGGAUCGGCCUGCUCAUCCGCAUCGUGGAGGGCCACCAGUCCUUCAACGCCAUCACGCUGCAGAGACAGAUCUUGGCGCUGCGUCUGCUGCAGGCGGUGCUGCCCUCCUGGGACCGUCUGGAGCGCUCCCAGGACAUGAAGUUCCUGGUGGAGAAGCUGUUUGACUUCCUGGGCAGCCUGCUCAGCACCUGCUCCUCUGACCUGCCCCUGCUGCGAGACGGUUCGAUGCGCAGGAAGAAGUCCCGCCCCCAGGCCUCUCUGACAGCCACUCACAGCAGCACGCUGGCGGAGGAGAUCGUGGCCGUUCUGCGCACGCUGCACUCUCUGGGCCAAUGGAGUGGCCUGAUCAACGAAUACAUUAACGCCCAGCUCAGCUCCAUCGGAGACGUCAUGGCAGGACGCCACUCGGAAGCGUCCUUCCUGGAGGAGUACUUCCCCGACUCGGAGGGUCCGCGGGUGGGCAGUCUGAUGGCCGUGCUGGCGGUGAUCGGCGGCAUCGACGGGCGCCUGCGGCUGGGCGGCCAGGUGGUGCACGAGGAGUACGGCGAGGGCACGGUCACCCGCAUCACGCCCAAGGGACGCAUCACGGUCCAGUUCCACGACAUGCGCACGUGCCGGGUGUGCCUGCUGAGCCAGCUCCGACCGCUGCCGGUGAUAUCGUUCAGUGUGCACAACCUGCCCUUCACAGAGCCCAUGCUGGCCGUGUGGGCCCAGCUGGUCAGCCUGGCCGGCAGCCGCAUGGAGAAACACCGGCUCAAGAAGUCCCUAAGUCGUGGACUCACAGCAGACCAGGUGGACCUCCACCUGCUGCGCUGCCAGCAGCUGAGGCUGUACAUCCUGAAGGCCUCGCGGGCGCUGCUCUGCCACCAGGACAAGCUCCGCCUCAUCCUGGCCCAGCCCGCCGUGCUGGACCCUGGACCCACCCCCAACGAGGAGACGGUGGCGACCUCCCCAGACGUGGGGGACCUGUCCCCAGAGGGACCCCUGCCACCCCUACUCCUGCUCCAGCAGCUGCUGUCGGCCGCCACCCAGCCCUCGCCCAUCAAGGCCAUCUUCGACAGGCCAGAGCUAGAGGCUGCAGCGCUGGCUGUGUGCCAGUACCUGGCGGUGGAGUCCACCCACCCGUCCUCCCCUCUGUUCGAGGAGAGCAGCUCCAGCGAGGCCUCCACGCCGGUCACGGUGCAGCAGGUGCGCCCCCCCCGGCUGAAGAAGCAGAAGGCCUCCCCGGUGCCCCCGCUGCCCAUCGUCCUGCAGCUCAUGGACAUGGGCUUCCAGAGGAAGCACGUGGAGGUGGCGCUGAAGACCCUGUCCGGCACCACCGCCUCGGGAGUCCCCGGUGUGGAGGCGUUGGUGGGCUGGCUGUUGGACCACCCUGAUGUCCACGGCAAUGAGCUGUCGGACGCGGACACCGCGUCGGACGAGUUCUCGGAUGAGGAGGUGUUGGAGGAGCUCGAGGAGGCGGAGCCUGCCUUCGCUGUGCCUUCGGGAGCCGUGGUGACAGAGAGCCAGGCGUUCAAGAAGAGGUCGGACUUCCAGAGUAACGACGACUACGCCGUGUAUGUGAGGGAAAACAUUCAGGUGGGCAUGAUGGUGAAGUGCUGCAGAACGUAUGAGGAGGUGUACGAAGGAGACGUGGGCAAGGUGAUCAAGCUGGACAGAGACGGGCUCCAUGACCUCAACGUGCAGUGUGACUGGCAGCAGAAGGGCGGGACUUACUGGGUCCGCUACAUCCACACAGAGCUUGUUGGUUUCCCGCCACAGAGCUCUCCGUCUCAUAUAAAGAUCGGUGACAAGGUGAGGGUAAAGCCCACUGUCACCACGCCAAAGUACAAGUGGGGCUCCGUGGUCCACCGGAGCGUCGGGGUGGUGAAAGCUUUCAGUGCCAAUGGGAAGGACGUGAUUGUGGACUUCCCCCAGCAGUCCCACUGGACCGGGCUGCUGUCCGAGAUGGAGCUGGUGCCCAGUGUUCACCCUGGAGUCAGGUGCGACGGCUGCCAGAUGUUCCCAAUCAACGGCCCGCGCUUCAAGUGCAGGAACUGUGAUGACUUCGACUACUGUGACAGCUGCUUCAAGACCAGCAAGCACAACACCCGGCACUCGUUCGGUCGCAUCAACGAGCCAGGCCAGUCUCCAGCGUUCUGCGGGCGCUCAGGGAAGCAGCAGAAGAAGGCCCACAGCAGCCAGAGGGAGCUGCUGAUAGACGAGUGGUCGAGGGCCGUGAAGAGCCUCAGUGUUUCCUCAUCCGCCAACCAGGCUUCGCGUCUCAUCGACAGUAGCGACCAGUGCUGGCAGUCCUCAGGCUCCCAGGGCAAGCAUUGGAUUCGGCUGGAGCUGUUCCCAGAUGUCCUGGUCCACCGGCUGAAGCUGGUGGUGGACCCGGCAGACAGCAGCUACAUGCCCUCCCUGGUGGUUGUUUCAGGGGGCAGCUCUCUGAACAACCUGAUUGAGUUGAAGACGAUCACCAUCAACCCCACAGACACCGCUGUGCCUUUGCUCACCGACUGCACUGAGUACCACCGCUACAUAGAGAUUGCCAUCAAGCAGUGCCGUAGCUCCGGCAUCGACUGCAAGGUCCACGGCCUGAGCAUCGUGGGCCGGAUCCGGGCGGAGGAUGAAGACCUAGCCACCGUGCCCUUCCUCGCCUCCGACAACGAGGAAGAGGACGAAGAAAAGGCUGCUGUUGGGAGCCUGGCUCGCAAGAAGUCUUCAGGGAUGGAGUCGGCUGCCACCAUCAGGACCAAAGUGUUCGUCUGGGGUCUGAAUGACAAGGACCAGCUGGGCGGUCUCAAAGGAUCCAAGAUCAAGGUGCCUUCGUUCUCCGAGACUUUAUCUGGCCUCAACGUGGUGCAGGUGGCGGGAGGUUCCAAGAGUCUGUUUGCCGUGACGGUGGAGGGCAAGGUGCACGCCUGCGGCGAGGCCACCAACGGCAGGCUGGGCCUGGGCCUGUCCAGCGGCACGGUGCCCAUCCCGCGGCAGAUCGCCGCCCUCAGCAACUACGUGGUGAAGAAGGUGGCGGUGCACUCGGGCGGCCGCCACGCCAUGGCCCUGACCGUGGACGGCAAGGUCUUCUCCUGGGGCGAGGGCGACGACGGCAAGCUGGGGCACUUCAGCAGGAUGAACUGUGACAAGCCGCGGCUGAUCGAGGCCUUGAAGACCAAGCGGAUCCGGGACAUCGCCUGCGGCAGCUCCCACAGCUCGGCCAUCACCUCCAGCGGGGAGCUGUACAGCUGGGGCCUGGGGGAGUACGGGAGGCUAGGCCACGGGGACAACACCACCCAGCUCAGACCCAAACUGGUCAAAGUUCUCCUUGGACACCGGGUGGUCCAGGUGGCGUGUGGGAGUCGAGAUGCCCAGACCCUGGCCCUCACUGAUGAAGGCUUGGUGUUCUCCUGGGGCGACGGGGACUUUGGGAAGCUGGGCCGCGGCGGCAGCGAGGGCUGCAACAUCCCCCAGAACAUCGAGCGGCUCAACGGACAGGGCGUGUGCCAGAUCGAGUGCGGAGCUCAGUUCUCCCUCGCACUCACCAAGUCCGGAGUCGUCUGGACCUGGGGGAAGGGAGACUACUUCCGGCUGGGUCACGGGACUGACGUGCACGUGCGUAAGCCCCAGAUGGUGGAGGGCCUGAGGGGGAAGAAGAUUGUGCACGUGGCGGUUGGGGCGCUGCACUGUCUGGCUGUCACCGAGACGGGACAGGUGUAUGCGUGGGGCGACAACGACCACGGGCAGCAGGGCAACGGGACCACCACGGUCAACCGGAAGCCCACCCUGGUGCAGGGACUGGAGGGCCAGAAGAUCACCCGCGUGGCCUGUGGCUCCUCCCACAGCGUGGCCUGGACCACCGUGGACGUGACCACGCCGUCCGUCCACGAGCCCGUCCUCUUCCAGACCGCCAGGGACUCUCUGGGAGCCUCCUACCUGGGGGUCCCGUUGGACAGCGACUCCUCCGCCGUCAAUAACAAGAUGAGCGGGCAGAGCAGCGCCAAGGCCAACCGGCCGUCGCUGGCUAAGAUCCUGCUGUCUCUGGACGGUAACCUGGCCAAGCAGCAGGCCCUGUCCCACGUCCUCUCCGCCCUGCAGAUCAUGUAUGCCAGGGACGCUGUGGUGGGCGCCCUGAUGCCCGCCUGCAUGAUGCUCCCCAUGGAGUGUCCCUCCAGCUCCCCCGUGCCCCCCUCCGACACCUCCUCCUCGUCGGGCAUGAGCGACGACGAAGGCUCCCCGGUCCCCCCGGAGAGCGAGGAGCGGCUGAGCCCCAGCCCCUGGCAGGAGCGGAGGGGAGAGGGUGCGUCCUCGGAGGACGCGGUGACCCCGUCGUCGGCGGUCACGCCCUCGGCCUCGGGCGCCUCGUCGCGACCCUUCAUCCCCGUCACCGACGACCCCGGCGCCGCCAGCAUCAUCGCCGAGACCAUGACCAAGACCAAAGAGGACUCUGAGAACCAGAGCAAGGUGGUGGGUCCCGAGCCGCAGUACCUGGACGAGUUCACCGCCCUUCUGGUCCCCGACGACACCCGGGUCAUGGUGGACGUGCUGAAGCUCGCCGUGUCCCACCGCUCCGGGGACAAGGGGCGGGACGUGCUCUCGGCCGUGCUCUCCGGCAUGGGUACCGCCUACCCACAGGUGGCGGACAUGCUGCUAGAGCUGUGUGUGACGGAGCUGGAGGACGUGGCCACCGACUCCCAGAGCGGACGCCUCUCCUCCCAGCCCGUGGUGGUGGAGAGCAGCCACCCGUACACCGACGACACCUCCACCAGCGGCACUGUUAAGAUCCCAGGAGCGGAGGGCCUGAGGGUGGAGUUCGACCGGCAGUGCUCCACGGAGAGGCGCCACGACCCUCUGACCAUCAUGGACGGAGCCAACAGGAUUGUGUCCGUGCGCUCAGGCAGGGAGUGGUGUGAUUGGUCCAGUGAGCUGAGGAUCCCAGGAGACGAACUCAAGUGGAAGUUCACCAGCGACGGCUCGGUCAACGGCUGGGGCUGGCGCUACACCGUCUAUCCCAUAAUGCCCGCCGCCGGACCCAAGGACCUGCUGUCGGACCGCUGCAUCCUCUCCUGCCCCUCCAUGGACCUGGUCACCUGCCUGCUGGACUUCAGGUUCAACUUUGCCUCCAACCGCAGCAUCGUGCCCCGGCUGGCCGCCUCCCUGGCCGCCUGCGCCCAGCUCAGUGCCCUGGCGGCGAGCCACAGGAUGUGGGCUCUGCAGCGUCUGAGGAAGCUGCUGACCACCGAGUACGGCCAGUCCAUCAACAUCAACCGCCUGCUGGGCGAAGGAGAGGGGGAGGCUCGCACCAUGAGUUUUACGGGCAGUGCGCUGGCCGCCCUGGUCAAGGGUCUCCCCGAGGCACUCCAGAGGCAGUACGAGUACGAGGACCCCAUUGUCAGGGGCGGGAAGCAGCUGCUGCACAGCCCCUUCUUCAAGGUGCUGGCGGCCCUGGCCUGUGACCUGGCGCUAGACACCCUGCCGUGCUGCGCCGAGACCCAUAAGUGGGCGUGGUUCCGCCGCUACUGCACCGCCUCCCGGGUGGCCGUCGCCCUGGACAAACGGUCCGGCCUGCCCAGACCCUUCCUGGACGAGGUGACCAAGAAGAUCUGCGAGCUGAUGGCGGACCACGAGACCAUGAGCGGCCUGCACGAGAAGCACGACACCUUCCGCCGGGAGCAGGACGAGCAGCUGGUCCAGUGGAUGAACCGCCGGCCCGACGACUGGACCCUGUCGGCCGGGGGCAGCGGCACCAUCUACGGCUGGGGCCACAACCACCGGGGUCAGCUGGGCGGCAUCGAGGGGGCAAAGGUCAAGGUGCCCACCCCCACCGAGGCGCUGGCCACGCUGCGGCCCGUCCAGCUCAUCGGCGGCGAGCAGACGCUGUUCGCCGUCACGGCCGACGGGAAGCUGUACGCCACGGGCUACGGGGCGGGGGGCCGGCUGGGCAUCGGGGGCACGGAGUCUGUGUCCACGCCCACCCUGCUGGAGUCCAUCCAGCACGUGUUCAUCAGGAAGGUGGCGGUGAACUCUGGGGGGAAGCACUGCCUGGCCCUGUCCUCCGAGGGGGAGGUGUACUCCUGGGGGGAGGCCGAGGACGGCAAGCUGGGCCACGGCAACCGCAGCCCAUGUGAUCGACCCCGGGUGAUCGAGUCCCUUCGGGGCGUGGAGGUGGUGGACAUCGCGGCCGGGGGAGCUCACAGCGCCUGCAUCACGUCCAGCGGAGAGCUCUACACCUGGGGCAAGGGCCGCUACGGCCGGCUGGGCCACGGGGACAGCGAGGACCAGCUCAAACCCAAACUGGUGGACGCUCUACAGGGACACCGGGUCAUGGACGUGGCGUGUGGUAGCGGGGACGCCCAGACGCUCUGUCUGACGGACGAGGACAUGGUCUGGUCCUGGGGCGACGGGGACUAUGGGAAACUAGGGCGAGGGGGCAGCGACGGCUGCAAGGUGCCCAUGAAGAUUGAUUCCCUGACGGGUCUGGGAGUGGUCAAGGUGGAGUGUGGCUCCCAGUUCUCUGUGGCCCUCACCAAGUCUGGGGCUGUGUACACCUGGGGUAAGGGAGACUACCACCGUCUGGGACACGGCUCUGACGACCAUGUCCGCCGGCCCCGCCAGGUCCAAGGGCUGCAAGGGAAGAAGGUCAUCGCCAUAGCAACGGGGUCGCUGCACUGUGUGUGCUGCACGGAGGAUGGAGAAGUGUACACGUGGGGCGACAACGACGAGGGCCAGCUGGGCGACGGGACCACCAACGCCAUCCAGAGGCCGCGGCUGGUGGCUGCGCUGCAGGGCAAGAAGAUCAACCGCGUGGCCUGCGGGUCAGCUCACACCCUGGCCUGGUCCACCAGCAAGCCCACCAACGCUGGCAAGCUGCCCGCUCAGGUUCCGAUGGAGUACAAUCACCUGCAGGAGAUCCCGAUCCUGGGCCUGAGGAACCGGCUGCUGCUGCUGCACCACAUCUCGGAGCUCUUCUGCCCCUGCAUCCCCAUGUUCCACCUGGAGGGCCGCCUAGGCCAGGUGGGCCACGGGCCCUCGGUGGGCUUCGACACACUGAGGGGCAUCCUCAUCUCCCAGGGCAAGGAAGCAGCCUUCAGGAAGGUGGUGCAGGCCACCAUGGUUAGAGACAGGCAGCAUGGGCCCGUUGUGGAGCUCAACAGAAUACAGGUGAAGCGGUCCCGUAGUAAAGGGGGUCUGGCCGGCCCCGAUGGCACCAAGUCGGUGUUUGGUCAGAUGUGCUCCAAGAUGAGCUCCUUCAGUCCCGACAGCCUGCUGCUGCCCCACCGCGUCUGGAAGGUCAAGUUCGUGGGUGAGUCCGUGGACGACUGUGGCGGGGGCUACAGCGAGUCCAUCGCCGAGAUGUGCGAGGAGCUGCAGAACGGGCUCACGCCGCUCCUCAUCGUCACGCCCAACGGACGCGACGAGUCCGGCGCCAACCGGGACUGCUUCCUGCUCAACCCCGCCGCCAAGUCCCCGCUGCACAUGAACAUGUUCCGUUUCCUAGGUGUGCUCCUGGGCAUCGCCAUCCGCACAGGCAGCCCCCUGAGUCUGAACCUGGCCGAGCCGGUGUGGAAACAGCUGGCCGGGAUGAACCUCACCAUCGCAGACCUCAGCGAGGUGGACAAAGACUUCAUCCCGGGCCUGAUGUAUAUCCGGGACAACGAGGCGACGGCGGAUGAGUUUGAGGGCAUGACGCUGCCGUUCACGGUGCCCAACGCCAGUGGGCAGGACAUCCAGCUCAGCUCCAAGCACGCCCACAUCACCCUGGAGAACCGCGCCGAGUACGUCCGCCUGGCCAUCAACUACAGACUCCAUGAGUUUGACGAGCAGGUGUCGGCGGUGCGGGAGGGGAUGGCGCGGGUCGUGCCUGUACCCCUCCUCUCUCUCUUCACCGGCUAUGAACUGGAGACCAUGGUGUGUGGCAGCCCGGACAUCCCCCUCCACCUGCUCAAGUCGGUGGCCACCUACAAGGGCGUGGAGCCCACGUCCCCGCUCAUCCACUGGUUCUGGGAGGUGAUGGAGUCCUUCUCCACCACGGAGCGCUCGCUGUUCCUCCGGUUCGUCUGGGGACGCACGCGCCUGCCCCGCACCAUCGCAGACUUCCGGGGACGGGACUUUGUUGUACAGGUGCUGGACAAGUACAACCCCCCGGACCACUUCCUCCCGGAGUCAUACACCUGCUUCUUCCUGCUGAAGCUUCCCCGCUACUCGUGCCGGCAGGUGCUGGAGGAGAAGCUCAAGUACGCCAUCCACUUCUGCAAGUCCAUCGACACGGACGACUACGCCCGCAUCGCGCUGUCGGGCGAGCCGGCGGCCGACGACAGCAGCGAGGACUCGGACAACGAGGACGCCGACUCCUUCGCGUCCGACUCCACGCAGGACUACCUGACAGGCCACUGAGCCCCCCCCCCCCCCCCUCGGCGUCUGAGGUGGAGGGCAGCCAUGUUUAUAAGAUCUGAAGUAUGUAGUUAUGUAUGUAAACACGUUUGUCGUACACGUGUUGUAAACCAAGCGAGCAAAGAGGGGGGGGGGGGGUGCUCUCCCCCCUCUGAGAGCACUCUGAGCCGCAACAGGAAGUUGGACAGGAAGUUGGACAGGAAGUGGAGAUGUUGGAGACUUUAUGAAGUUCUUGGAGCCGCCACGAGGAUGAAUGAUGAAGAUGUCGAGGAUGAUGAUGAUGUUAUUGUUGUGUUUUCUGAAAAAUUAUGUAUAUUAGAGUUUAAAAUAGCAUAGAAACUCACGCCAAGAACUGCACUAGCCCUCUCACUGGCUCCUAGUCUGUACAUAGAAAUCAACGUGUGAUUAAGACAAAUAUAAGUAGAGUUAUCGAUUACGUUCAUGGCGGGGGUCUCUAUAGAGUUCCUUUUUUUUUUAAACGACAACAUAUAAAGGGGUUUGUUUUGUCCUUCAGAACUGACUAGCGGGUUGUUUUACAAAUCCUGUACCCACCAUCGACCGCCCUCAUUACCUAUGUGCACUGUCUCCAUGACUAAUGUAUAUAUAAUAUGAUUGUGCCAUGUAUUCACGAGAAAAACAAAGCUCAUUCCGGUGUAAUCAAUGUUAAUAUGUUUCUGUGAAUAAAUUUAAAUUAAAAGAACAUGAACUGUG